AUGUCUCAGAUGGGAGUGAGUUUGUCAGAUAUAUGUACACCCGGAAUAGACUGUCGCCUACCAGAUGAUUCUAUCAAGAACUUCAAAUCAAUGGAAAUACCACAGCUAGUUCUUAUCACGUUUAACGGAAUUUUGCCUGCCGAUAUUAGCCAAAAACUCUUCAACGCAAAUCGUAGGAACCCGGAUGAUUGUCCAGUCUCCAUGACAACUUUUGCGAGUACAGCGGAUGUGGAUAUCGGAAGCGCCUACGCUGAAAUUCAAAGAGGGAUGGAGGUGUCGCUUCUUGGGGAUAUAGAUUUUACCAAUGAGACAGAGAAAUCCGCUUAUAACGUGAUUCUUCGAGUAAAAACCGAAAUGGCCGCAAAGAUUCCUCAUCUUCAAAAGGUUCUUGGAUGGCGGAGUAGCGACCCGGGUAUGGCCGGUAGGAAGCUGUUCAAUGCCUUGUCAUAUAUAGGAUUUACAUACGAUUCCACAUUAAUGGUGAACAAACCGAGAGAUGGCGUAUCUUUCCAGUGGCCCUUCCGUCUGACCAGGGGCUGGACACUACCUCCUUGUGAUACAAGGGGGCAUUGUAACCAGGGGGAUUUCCCUAACCUGAUGGAAUUUCCGAUGACGUCAAUGUUCAGCGAUAGACUUAACAUCAACUGUUACACAUUACGUAACUGUUCGACGUUGCCGGGCAUUGAAAGCAUAAGAAACCUUCUUUUAGCCAAUCUGAGAGAAUUUUACAUAGGAAACAGAGCACCGUUUCUGAUACAGAUCGAUUCUGAUUGGCUACAAAGUGGCAGAGGAUACGUGCAAAACAUAGAGGCUUUCCUUAAUCAAUUGUCUUUGUUUGAUGAUAUUUACAUAGUUAGUGUUGAGAAUGCUGUGAAAUGGCUACACAAUCCUUAUCCCGUCAGCAGAUUGCAUCUGUUCAGGGAGUGGCAAUGUCCCUUACAGUCCUCUGCCAUAAACAAACCCUUCAGGACGUACCCUCAGAGAACUGAGGCCCGCCGGAGUCGGGGUGGGGCAGCUGAAGGCCCUGACUCACCUCCAGAAGCGAUUAGACCCGAUUCUCCUUUGUUUAGCUGGGACUCAAAAACACGCAAAGAAAAGGGCGAAUAA